AUGCUGCUGAGCCCCGUCACCUCCACCCCCUUCUCAGUCAAUGACAUCCUGCGGCUAGAGCGCGAGCAGAGCCGCCCCAAGGCCUCGCCACUCUCCCGGGCUCGGAGGAACCCGGAAAACUCUCUUUACCUGCGACUGGACUCGGAUCCGCGCGGAUGGGAGUUUCUCAACACCGAUGACGGCGGCGGGGACAGGAGGCUGGAAGGUUCAGAGCCUCCGGAGGGUCACGGUGAAGCAGUCUUGGAAACCGACGCGGAACUGGCGGAGGAGCCACAGCCCUACCUGAGCGAGGCCUCGCCCCCCAGCAGCGGGAACCGAGCUCCGGAGCCCGGCGUUGGCACCAGCGGUGGCGGCACGGAGCAGCCCAGGGCGCGGCAGCGGCGGAAGCCGCGUGUGCUCUUUUCUCAGACUCAGGUGCUGGAGCUUGAGCGGCGCUUCAAGCAGCAGAGGUACCUGUCAGCACCUGAGCGGGAGCACCUAGCCAGUGCACUGCAGCUCACAUCCACGCAGGUCAAGAUCUGGUUCCAGAACCGGCGCUACAAGUGCAAAAGGCAGCGCCAGGACAAGUCUCUGGAACUGGCGGGUCAACCCCUAGCGCCGCGGCGAGUGGCAGUGCCCGUGCUGGUACGCGACGGCAAGCCCUGCCUGGGUCCCGGCGCGCCGGCCUUCCCGAGUCCUUAUGGCCCUGCUGCAGCCUCCUAUUCCAGCUACGGAGGCUACACUGGUGGCCCCUACGGCGGCGCGGGGUACUGCGGCGGCUACACCGGCGUGUCCCCGGGCCCGGUGCCGCCUGCACCUCUGGCACUCGGGAGCUUCGGCGGAGGGGGUCCAGGAGGAAGUCCGCAGGGCCAUCUGCCCGCCACGCUACAGGACGUCAGAGCCUGGUGA